AUGGCUCCUGGACUAGUAGAAACUGGUCUUCUUGCUGUAAAUCACGAUGACAACAAAAGCAAAUCGCACAAUCUCAAAGCCGAUGUAGCUCCUGCUGAAUCGCCAGCCCAAACGACAUGGGAAACCAAAAAGGAAGUGACUGGGUGGAUACCGGAGACUGACGAUGAUUUUGCGAUACUUGCUGUCAGAAAUCUUGUCCUUGAUAUUUGUAUGCAGAAUGGCGGCGGUCAUGGAGGUUCAGCUCUCGGAAUGGCUGCGAUUGGCGUCGCGCUUUGGAAACAUGUCAUGCGAUACAAUCCUGCCAAUUCGGAGUGGUUUGAUAGAGACAGAUUUGUAUUGUCUAAUGGUCAUGCAAGCAUGUUCUUAUAUGCUAUGAAUCAUUUAGUCGGUUAUGAUGCGUGGACUAUGGACGAACUGAAAGGAUACGGAGAUGCGAAAUUGAACGGAUAUAAGACAAUCGCACAUGCGCACCCUGAGAUUGAAGUCCCGGGCGUCGAGGUUACUACUGGACCUUUAGGGCAGGGAAUUGCUAAUGCUGUUGGUCUUGCAAUCGCAUCUAAGAAUUUAGCUGCGAACUUCAACAAGCCUGGGCACGACAUUGUGAAGUCAAGAAUUUAUUGCAUGACGGGAGAUGGUUGCUUGAUGGAAGGUGUAGCACUUGAAGCUAUCGCACUUGCUGGACACUUACAACUCAGUAACCUCGUUUUGUUAUAUGACAACAAUCAAGUUACUUGCGACGGACCAUUGGAUUGGAUAAAUACUGAAGAUGUUAACGCCAAAAUGGUAGCUUCCGGCUGGGAAGUUAUUAACGUCGCCGACGGAAGAUAUGAUGUUCGUGCCAUUGUGUCUGCACUGGAUUUGGCGAAAAACUCCAGCUCCAAGCCCGUGUUCAUUAACAUCAGGACUGUCAUUGGAGUGGAUAUGGCCUCAGCUGGUACUGCAAAGGCUCAUCACGGCGGAUUUGAUCAAGACAGCAUAGCAGCAUCGAAGAAGCUUGCUGGCUUGUUGCCAUCAUCUAGAUACGAGAUCCCGGAAAGACCACUGCAGUUUCUUAGAGAGAGUAGGGACAAAGGAACAGCUGCGGAACAGUCUUGGGACAAGUCUAUGGAUAAAUACGCUGAGGAAUAUCCUGAAGAAGCUGCGGAGUUUGCGUCUCGGCAAAAAGGCACACAGGGUGACUUUGAGAAAGUCCUCAACGAUCUGGACAGUAAGACAUUUGCCGGUCAACCAACAAGAGAGACUAAUGGUAUAAUUCUUGAACGAUUAUGGAAGGCAUGCCCAUCGCUUUGCGGAGGAGGCGCAGAUCUCGUCAAUUCAAACAAGAUUGUCUACUCAGAAAACGACGUGUUCAGUAGGGCAACAAGUUUCAAGGGCCGAUAUAUCAGAAACGGUAUACGGGAGCAUGCUAUGGCAUCGAUAGCAAAUGGCAUGGCUGCCUACGGUCCGGGCACGUUUCUGCCAAUUACAGCUACAUUCUUUAUGUUUUUCAUCUACGCGGCACCAGGAGUCCGCAUGGGCGCUCUAAGCAAUCUCCAAGUGAUCCAUAUCGCGACUCACGACUCAUUCGCAGAAGGUCAAAACGGUCCUACACAUCAACCCGUCGAGUUAGAUUCUCUUUAUCGGGCAAUGCCAAACCUAAGCUACAUCCGACCAUGCGACGCCGAAGAGCUCAUCGGAGCUUGGUCUUACGCCAUGCGAUCAGUUCACAACCCAUCCAUGAUAUCUGUAGCUCGAGAUCCCGUAGGAGAGGUACCAAACACAAGUCGCGAAGGAGUACAAAGGGGUGCAUAUGUCAUUCAGGAGAAUUCAGAUGCUGCAAUCACCCUCGUAAGCUGUGGCUCGAAUCUCCACUACGCCGUCGCAGCCGCGAAGAAGCUGGAACAGAAAGGUACCAAGUGCAGACUCGUCAGCGCUCCUUGUCUUAGUCUCUUCGAUCAACAGGAUAGCGAAUAUCGAAAGAGCGUGUUCCCCCUGGAUGGAAAACCAAUCGUGAGCGUGGAAGAAUACGUGGCGACGACAUGGGCAAGAUAUGUGACGGCUAGCAUUGGUAUGACCAGCUUUGGCUACUCUGCAUCGAAUGAGAGCAAUUAUGAGAGAUUUGGUUUGGAUACCGCGGGAAUCGAGAAGAAGGUCAAUAAAUACCUCAAGUCAUUGAAUGGCGGCAGUGCGAGGGAGGCAGGAUGGCAGCAACUAUAA